UGCAUUAAUCGAUGUUACUACGAACAAAGUGCAUUAUUUUUUAUAGCAGUUUGCAUUUCCUCGUUGAUUAUUCUCAAGUAUUUUGUUGUGCGAAAUUAGAUCCGUUAAUUAUUAAAAACAUUUUAAACUAUGAGCCUUGAUGACGUGAUUUACGUCAUCUGCCUACUUAGCUGCAUCGGAGCGGGGCAAUAUGUGAAGAAGAUAAACGAUGAGACGCAACGAAAAUUUAUUAGCACCGGUCUCGGAUUGUUGGUGGUGUUCAUUGCUUCUGGCUUCCAUGUACUGCAUUGUAUUACAUCAACGGUCGUAGGAGCGCUGGUCGUAAUCUACGUGCACCCGAGUCAAGGCCAUUUGGUUACAUUUUGCAUAAUGUUUGGCUAUCUAGUCUUCUUCCGUUUAGUACAUUGGUUUGGUCUGCCAAAUUAUCCUGGUCACACCAAUAUGAUCCAAAUGAUAUUAACGUUAAAGGUGUCGGGAAUUGCCUUUGAGAAGACAGCCGCCUGGAAAAAAUUGCGACAACGUGAUAAAGAAAUUGCUGAGAGGCAAAGCUCUGAAGGAGUUGCUUCCGGUGAGCAACUAGUAGAAAUAACUGAUUAUGAUGUGGAGUUGCAGAAUAUAGGAUUUGUUGAGAUAUUCCACUACUGUUUUAACUACAUUGGCGUCUUGACAGGUCCAUACUACCGAUAUCGCACAUACCGCGAUUACUUCGAGAUGCCAUUUAAAGACUAUGCGCCUCAUAUUGCAGCUACUAUAGAGAAACUCAAAUAUGCUAGUCUAUAUUGCACACUUUAUCUAGUCGCAAACUAUUUGUGGCCUCUUGAGUAUGCUCUGAGCGAUGAGUUCUAUCAAGAUCGUUCAUUCUUAUAUCGACUUAUGUACGUAUGGCCGACGUUUUUUAUCUUCCGUAUGCGUAUAUAUACCGGCCUAACCCUAAGUGAGUGCGUUUGCACAAUGGCAGGUUUCGGCGCUUAUCCGGAUGAGGCGGAUGCCACGAAUGGUGAAGGUCCGCGAAAGCAGUAUGCACAUUUAAAACGUGAUGCGGAUAAGCGUAGCUACAAUUUUACUACUAUUGUAAAUACACGGGUACGUAGCGUAGAGACGUGUUGGACAUUCCGCGAAGGUAUGAAACACUGGAAUAUAUGCAUACAAUAUUGGUUGGCAGUGAAUGUGUACAAAUUAUUCCCAAGUAAGAAGUACAGAACUAUCGUCACAUUGCUUUGUUCGGCCUUUUGGCACGGUUUUCGUCCCGGUCACUAUUUCUGUAUAAUGGGUGCACCGUUUUAUGUGUCCCUGGAGGAUAUGUGGAACAAAUUAGUGCGUAAGGAUACUACUGGACUGCAACGUCAAAUUAUCGAUGUUAUUUUCUGGAUAGCGAAGUUCUUUGCAUUCAGUUAUCUUGGCAUCGCAUUCCUGCUAGCAUCAUUCGCUAAUAUAUGGAAAUUCUAUAGCUCAGUGUAUCACAUUGGCUAUAUUGGUUGGUUUGUCAUGAUGGCAUUGAGUGUAUAUUUAACCAAACAGAAGAAGGCAGCGGAAAAGCGACGACAGCGAAAGGAAAACGAGAAAAGUGUUGGUGAUACAGAAAGAGAGCAACAAAAGAAAGUUGAAUGAAUCCAAAUGGGCCUUAAGAUGUUAGUCGAGUAAAAUCAACAACAUAAAAGUAAUAAUUACUAAUAUAUAUAUGCAUAUAUACGCUAGAUUACUACAUAGCAUUAUGCUGUUACAAAGAUAUUAACUCCAAAGAAUACUAAAUCAGCAGAUAUAUAUUAUAUAUACAUAUAUAUGUAUACAGCUUUGUUAUAGGUUUAACAAGGCGAAAAGGUGUAUCACCAUACUACGAAGCUACUAAUUUUAUACUAGUUACCAAGCUGAUAAAAAUUUUAUUAGUUAAUAUACAAUCAUUUGCUAGAAAUGUGUGAUAUUUUAUUUUAUUAAGCUAAAUAAUAUUGUUUAUGAUUUGAAAUUUGCCAUAAUAUUUUGUAGUUGAAUAUAAAUAAGUUUAAUGGUUUUGUUUUUGUAGCAUAAUAAAUAUUCCGCACACA